AUGGCCCCAACCACCCAAACCCAACCCCAACCCCUUCCACCACUCACCCUCGACCCAAUCUCCGAAUGGCGCGCCUGGCAAACCCUCCAAAUCUACUUCACAAUCCUGCUCAACCGUCAACUCCACCGCCGCUUCCAACUCGAACAAAAAUCCAUGCACAAGCUCGCCGUCACCCACCGCUUCCGACCAGUCCUCCUCCUCGAACCAGUCCCAACCCUCACAAGUCCACCCUCCACCAUCUCCACCACCAAAUACUCCCAGGCCACGAUAACCCGCAUCCUGACAAGCCUGAAAACGAAAGUCCGCCUCCUCCGCGCGCGCGUCGAAAAGGGCAAAGAAAUCGCCUCCGAAAUCGAACGGCGCAUGGAGCACCCGCGUAUCACGUUCCCGACGCAUUUCUGUCAUACGUGCGUGGUGGAUGGGGAGCAGGGUGGUGUGGAGGUGUUGCUGACGAAAUGCGGGCAUCGGGACUUGCUGGGGAUUUGGGGGUGGGGAGGAUGGGGUUUAUGA